AUGCGUUCUGGAGAAUCUUCUUUCAUUAUGGGUCUUGAAGGUAGUGAAAUCGUCACCCCAGCCCAUCCGAACUUGGAGUUGUCUGAGAGAACACGGAUAAUCACUAAAAAUCUUGAGGAAGUGUCACUUUCUAUGCCCAGACAUGUCCACGUAGACCCUAUUAUCCCUGAUUUUACAACCGAAAAAGACUUGGAGUUGCCCGAGAGAACAUGGAUAAUCACCAAAAAGCUUGAAGAAGUGUCACUUUCUAUGCAUAAGCAGGACCAUGAAGACCCUAUUGGCCUUGAUUUUGCAGCUGGAAAGUUCCUCUGUUAUCUCAAGGGUGAUGAACACCAGAAACCAGCCUUCCUACGCAUUUACCGUCAGAUACCAAUCAUUGGCACGGAAUGGUGCCCACCAAAUGAACGAGCUAGUCAGGCUGUUCCAUUUCACGAGCCUACCGAGCUCUUGGCCUUAAAAUCGUUCAUGAAACAAAUGUGUCCAGUCGUUCCUCAGCUCUUCGGAUACAAUCACACACAGCAACCGGAUACUGGAAUGAUUCCUGGAGGCUAUGAGGCAGUUUUUGUUUAG